UUAGAGAGAGAAAGUGAGCAACACCAAAAUCACACAGAGAGACUGUUCUAGAGAGAGAAAGAGAGAAUUUUAGAGAGAGAAAGUGAAGGGAAGGCGCUGUUGAGAUCUAGAUCUCUCUCUGUGCGAACGAAGCCAUGGCGAGAGCAGCUCUCGCUCUUGAGCUAUGGAUCUGUUUCUCUCUCAUCCUCUUCUUCCAUGUCCGCUGCUUCUAUCUCCCCGGCGUCGCCCCUCAGGAUUUCAUGAAGGGGGAUCUGCUGAAGGUGAAAGUAAACAAACUGACAUCUACAAAAACACAGCUGCCUUACUCAUACUAUUCCCUCCCGUACUGUCGACCAGGGCACAUAGUCGACAGUGCAGAGAAUCUGGGGGAAGUCCUUCGUGGUGAUCGCAUUGAGAACUCUCCUUAUGAGUUUAAAAUGAGAGAACCCGAGAUGUGCAAGGUUCUGUGUCAUAUAACCCUUAAUGCAAAAACUGCCAAGGAAUUGAAGGAAAAAAUAGAUGAUGAGUACCGAGCGAACUUGAUUCUGGAUAAUCUUCCUCUUGUUGUUCCCAUUCGAAGGACUGAUUUGGAUUCUUCCAUUGUGUAUCAACAUGGGUUUCAUGUUGGUCUUAGGGGACAAUAUGCAGGGAGCAAGGAGGAAAAGCAUUUUAUCCACAAUCACUUGGCAUUUAAAGUCAAGUAUCACAAAGAUCCAGUUACAGAAUUAGCAAGGAUUGUAGGAUUCGAGGUCAAACCGUACAGUAUCAAGCAUUCUUAUGAUGGUAAGUGGAGUGACAACAAACGGUUAACAACAUGUGAUCCUCACGCAAGAAAGCAAGUGACGAAUUCUGAAAUGCCUCAGGAGGUUGAGGAUAAAAAGGAAAUCGUAUUUACAUAUGAUGUAGAUUUUGAGGAGAGUGAUGUGAAGUGGGCGUCACGUUGGGAUACCUAUCUUCUGAUGGCUGAUGAUCAGAUCCACUGGUUCUCAAUUGUUAAUUCUUUGAUGAUUGUCCUUUUCCUCUCCGGCAUGGUGGCUAUGAUCAUGAUGCGAACGCUUUACAGAGAUAUCUCUAAGUACAACCAACUUGAGACUCAAGAAGAAGCCCAAGAAGAGACGGGAUGGAAACUCGUCCAUGGUGAUGUUUUCAGGCCUCCAGUAAACUCAGAUUUACUGUGUGUAUAUGUUGGGACAGGUGUUCAAUUCUUUGGAAUGAUUCUUGUCACCAUGAUCUUCGCUGCCCUUGGAUUCCUCUCCCCCUCAAACCGAGGUGGGCUGAUGACAGCCAUGCUCCUACUCUGGGUCUUUAUGGGACUUUUCGCUGGUUACGCUACUGUCCGCCUCUAUAAAAUGUUCAAGGGAACAGAAUGGAAAAAAAUCACUCUGAAGACAGCUUUCACAUUUCCUGCAACUGUCUUUGCCAUUUUCUUUGUUUUGAAUGCUCUGAUCUGGGGUGAGAAGUCAUCUGGGGCAGUCCCAUUCGGAACCAUGUUUGCUCUGGUAAUUUUGUGGUUCGGCAUCUCUGUUCCACUUGUCUUUGUUGGUGCCUAUGUCGGCUUUAAGAAGCCUGCAAUCGAGGAUCCAGUGAAAACAAACAAGAUCCCACGACAGAUCCCAGAACAGGCUUGGUACAUGAAUCCUGUCUUCUCUAUCCUAAUUGGAGGCAUACUCCCAUUUGGCGCUGUCUUCAUUGAGCUCUUUUUCAUUCUCACCUCAAUAUGGCUGCAUCAGUUCUACUACAUAUUUGGAUUUCUAUUCAUUGUCUUCAUCAUCCUCAUCAUCACCUGCGCCGAGAUCACGAUUGUUCUCUGCUACUUCCAGUUGUGCAGUGAGGACUAUCUCUGGUGGUGGAGGUCGUAUUUGACUUCAGGGUCCUCAGCGCUUUACCUUUUCCUCUACGCAGCAUUCUAUUUCUUCACCAAGCUUGACAUCAAGAAGCCAGUAUCUGGAGCCUUGUAUUUCGGCUACAUGCUGAUUGGCUCCUAUGCUUUCUUUGUGCUGACCGGCACAAUCGGUUUCUAUGCGUGCUUCUGGUUCACAAGGCUCAUCUAUUCGUCGGUGAAGAUCGACUGAUCCGUCAUUUUAUUGCAAUCUAAAGGAAAUUAUAGACUUGUUUCUACACGAGGAAGCACAAAAAUCACUUGGGGAUGGUACAUUAUGUAAUGUCCUCCCGGAGCUUACAACAAUUGGGUUCAGUUCUGAAUCUCGAGGCCAUAGAAAUUCUUAUUCUUAGCAUUCUCAAAUUCUCAAUACAUGUUCUUUGUCAGCUCUAGUUUUUUUUUUUUUUUGGUGCAUUUUUCUUAUUUAGCCUUUUUACUGUUCUGUAUGAAACAUUUGUUUGAAACUGUUAAAGCAAUCUUACUGUCUCUAAUGUUU